AGCGCCACUGCGAGAGAAGUGAGGCGGCCGCGGUGGAUGCUGGGAUAGCAGGGUCGGAAGAGGUCAGACAAGCUCCAAAAUGGCCGCUGUUUGUUUCACGUCCUUGAGCCGCUGCGGCGUUGUGGCGUCUCGUUCCCCCGCAGGACUGUUGGCGGUGCGGUAUGCCCAAACAGCAGCGGCUCCAGCAGCUCAGCCCAGAAUAAAGAAGUUCCAGGUGUACAGAUGGGACCCAGACACUCCAGGGGACAAACCCCGCAUGCAGACCUACGAGAUAGACCUCAACACUUGUGGUCCAAUGAUUCUAGAUGCACUGAUCAAGAUCAAGAAUGAGAUGGACUCCACUCUGACCUUUCGCCGCUCCUGCAGAGAAGGUAUCUGUGGGUCCUGUGCAAUGAACAUUAAUGGAGGAAACACACUCGCUUGUCUCAACAAGAUUGACACUAACGUUAGCAAGCCAACCAAGAUUUACCCUCUGCCACAUAUGUAUGUGGUCAAAGACCUGGUACCCGACAUGAGUAACUUCUACGCACAGUACAAGGCCAUUGAACCCUACCUGAAGAAGAAGGACGAGUCAAUGGAGGGGAAAGAGCAGUACCUGCAGACUGUGGAGGACCGACAGAAACUGGAUGGCCUGUAUGAGUGUAUCCUGUGUGCCUGCUGCAGCACAAGCUGCCCAAGUUACUGGUGGAAUGGUGACAAAUACCUUGGACCCGCUGUGUUGAUGCAGGCGUAUCGCUGGAUGAUUGAUUCACGAGACGAGUUCACAGAGGAGCGUCUGUCCAAGCUGCAGGAUCCUUUCUCCCUCUACCGCUGCCACACUAUCAUGAACUGCACCAAGACCUGCCCCAAGGGGUUGAACCCAGGAAAAGCGAUUGCUGAGAUCAAGAAGAUGAUGGCCACAUACAAGGAGAAGGCGGCGUCUGUCGUUUGAAACCUCCGCUCCAGCAUCCUUUCUGUAACUUUUCCCUCCAUGAUAUAAAUUGUAUAUUAAUUAAGAAUGCUUAAAUGGUCUGAAGGGCCAGUGCACCAGUCAGCUCAACCACCACCACCACCACCACACCCUGGGUUAACUAAUAGAAAUGUGUGUGUGUGUGUGUGUGUGUGUGUGUGUGUGUGUGUGUGUGUGUGUGUGUGUGUGUGUGUGUGUGUGUGUGUGUGUGUGUGUGUGUGUGUGUGUGUGUGUGUGUGGUUGGAGGACUUGGUGUUAAAAACGCACAUGUACAGUAUGAAUGCAGAUGAGAGUGUUUAUUAGUCUGUACCACAUCAUUGGUAUUUAUCUCCAGUUCCACUGUCUGUUUGUUUGUGCUUUUGAGAGAAACAAUGCUGCAUAGCUAAGUAAAAACAAUUUUUUGUAUCUUUCUUUUAUGGCUUAUUGCUUCUCAGGGUAGCAGCCCAGUGUUUAAGUUCAUUCAGAUCUUCCAACUCACCAACAACAGUCUUUGUUUUGAUGAAAAAUAAAUAGUCGAAAUGCC